GGCUAGAAGGCCUCAAGGCAUAACGAGUCUGAUUCUUCUUUCUCAUUUUCAAUGAAGCUAGCUUCUUCAUCUCCCUCUGGGCAAUUCUUAGAUCAAGUUGUAUCAUAUUGAUAUCUUCUUAAAUGUUUCUGUUAAAGCAUCUCUAAUCACCAUCUAUCACCACUGAAAGCUAAGCUUUCUCGCUAGCAAAUCAAUCUGUAUUGUCUCCCCAUAGGAUGAUCAGUGGGCUUAACUGUAUUUCUCCAUCAGACUGUAUUUCUCCAUCAGAGGGCAUCCAUAUCAACCCAUAAUGUUAGUUCUCUCCGAGGUCGGCUGAGAAACACUUUUUAGGCUUAUAAUGUGUUUGGAUUAGUAUUUUCAGUUAUUUGAAAUAUUAGACUAAAAAUAGGUGAACAACAUUUAUAAUAUUCUCUGUUGAGUUUUUCUCGAGGCUAGGUUCACAUAGAACUACUACUCCCCCGAGAAAAAAGAACAUUAGAACUAAGAAACUUCUUUAUCCAAAUAGAAGAACAGAGGCGUAACUUUAGACUAUUCUUUUUCAUUUUUAGUUAGCUUGUUGUUUUCUUUGGUAGUAAAUAGAAGUUGGAAAUGAUUAAAGCCUGAGUUUCAGGAGGAGUGCAGAUUUAUAAUUCCAAGCACAAAUCAGCAGCCACAGAAGGGGAAUUCCUUUCGUUUAUGGUCAAUUAGCCGCAACAACAAGUUUUCUUCCUUCUCCUAUACAAGCAGCCGCAGCAGGCAGAAAUAAAAAAGGACAUCAGCAGAUUUUUCUUCCUCUUUUCAAUGCAAAUAGCAUCAGCAGCAUCCAAGAACCAAGGAGGGCUUCUAUGCUUCUCUUUCAAUUUCUUCCAAUCUAGUUUAGAUUUCAGCAAGUAUUGGCUGUUCUGUCGGCCGCCAAUCAAUAAAAUUGAGAUUUAGUUAAGCUAAAGUAGCUUGGGCAACGGAUUCUUCCGUUGAUUAUUCUGGGCAACGGUUCACCCCGUUGAUUGUUAUUUUUCUGUUCUUAUCAAUUGGUCCGACCUGCCGGAUCCCGUCCCGCCAAGAUGACGAGAUCUCAGAAUGAUCGAUUGACAGAGCUGGAGAACGAACAAACUCGUAUGAGAGAAGAAGUGACCCGGAUAAGGGCCGAACAGGCAGAGCAUGGUGGCAAGCUGUCGGAGAUCAUCGCCUCACUAGCGGCGUUGACCCAGGCGAUGGUCCCGCCGGUCACACCGAAGAAAGCCGCGGAUGACGUGGGUCGAAUCCCGGCAACCGAGCUGCAUGGAGAAGGCGUGCUGAGCAAUCCAACUAUAACGCUGCUUCCGUCGUUCGAUGGGGGAGACCCAAUUGGGUGGAUCGCUCGGGUAGAGCAACAGUUCGAAUUACACAACACUUUACCGGAAAACAAGGUGGCUGCCGCGAUGGUAGCUAUGGAAGGAGGAGCGCUUUACUGGGUGACUUGGCUGAGAUCGCGCAGGCCCGGGAUGACUUGGGCAGAUUUCAAGCAAGCCUUGGUGGACAGAUUUGAUUCUCGAUUUCAGGGGAAUAAGUAUGAACGAUUGUCUGGAGUAAGGCAAAUUGGGUCUAUAAAAGAUUACAAUAUCUUGUUUGUUCAGCUAGCAAGCCAAGUUCUAGGGUUACCCGAUGAGCACUAUUUGGGAUAUUACAUGAGCGGUCUUAAGGAGAUAAUCCGAAGCUCGCUGCGAUUGCUCCGACCAAACAACCUGGAGAUGGCUAUGGAAUUAGCUCGCGAAGUGGAGUAUAAUCUGUUCGUCCAAAGUGGAGAAAGUGGCAGCCUAAAUUAUCAUUCAUCGGGAGUACGUUCUAGCAGCCUCUUAAGGGCAAACGCAGGUUCCCCGUUGACUGCCGCUGGUGGCAGCUUACAGGGUUCGGAGGGCAGCUUUGCGAAAGAUAGUGGACAGCCUCCGGGGACAAAGCCAGGUCUGUCCGGGCAGCCUAUGACACGCUCUCAGUUCACUCGACUACCGCCAAAAGAGUUUGCAGAAUUGAGGGCGAAAGGAUUAUGCUUUAGGUGUAAGAAACCAUUUACGCCAACACAUGAUUGCCCCUUUAAGCAGUUGCGAGUAAUGUUAGCUGAGGAGGAUGAAGAGUUGGACCUCAAGCAGUAUGAAUUCUGUGAAAUAACUGGCCAGGAAAGGGUUCAGGAAAGAGAAGAAGAAUAUUUUCCAGUCUAUUCUAUGUCUGGAAAUUUCAGUUCCCGAUCCGCGAGUUUUCAACCUUGAGGACAAGGUUAUUUUAAGGGGGAUGGAUUGAUAUGAAGCGGGAAGAGCAUGUGGCGGGACCGGGCUUGGGCCCACUUCCGUGGGCCGGUUAGGGGCUGAGUUUUUAAUUUAAUUUUUAGCUUCAAUUAAGUUAGUUCUUUUAUUAUUAUUAUUUAUUAUUUUAUAUUAGAAUUCACUUAGGAUAGGGACGUAUGAUUUACGUAAGUCUUUCCCCACCCCUUAGGCUUUGUGCGUGAGUCUGCUUCCCACCGGGAGAGGGCUACGUACAAUUAAUUUAAUAGCUGAUUUAGUUUCCUACUGGAACUAAAAUAUUUGGAGUACGAUUAAUUGUAUUAUUUAUACCCACGCAGGGCUGUUCUGUCGGCCGCCAAUCAAUAAAAUUGAGAUUUAGUUAAGCUAAAGUAGCUUGGGCAACGGAUUCUUCCGUUGAUUAUUCUGGGCAACGGUUCACCCCGUUGAUUGUUAUUUUUCUGUUCUUAUCAAAAUACCAGCUCCGCGUAGAAGGAAAAUAGAGAGAAACAAAGGAGGUAGAGAAGGUGGGAAUCAGCAAGUUCCUGAAGUAUCAUCUCAGUUCUUCAUUCUAUGUCGAUUACUUGGUUUUAUUUCCAGACUUUAUAGCUUUUACAUUGUAUUUUUAUAACUUUUCCCUUAUUUAUUGCUCUUUAAAGUAUUUCUUUCCUUCUUUAAGUAUGAUUAUUAGCUUGGUUGGGGAUUAAUGAUUGGUAUGAAAC